UUUCUCCAUAAACUGAACCCAUUUGCAGUUUCAGAUUAUGAUGUGUUUGAGCUGCCAUGCUUGUUUCUUAAGGUUUCGGUGUGAAAAGCAGCAGGUCUCUUUUUCUACAUGUUUUCUGAGGCGUGGCUGAACCAUCCUCAUAAUCAAUGCUGAGUGGGAGGCGGGGGGAACUACAGGGAGCGGCUCAUUUAUGGCCCCCAGAGAGGGUAAAGUUCUCCGGUUAGAGAUACAGACGUCACAUUAACAACGGCAGAGGAACAGACUGACUUUUCCGUCUCCGGCUUCACCACCAAACAAAGGCCCUGCGACCUGCCAUUGUUGAAGGCUUUUUUUCUUAUUUAAUUUGGAUUUGUUCUUCUUUGCCACCAUGUCGACGGCUGUGGAAGCGGUCGGGUUCAUCAUGUGCAUCAUCAGCUGGUUGAUCACCGGAUCAGCACUGGCCAACGACUACUGGAAGAUCUCCUCGGUGUCCGGCAGCGUCAUCAUCUCUCAGAGGCAGUUUGAGAACCUGUGGCAUUCCUGCGCCGAAAAUAGCGCCGGAAUCGCCGAGUGUCGAGACUUCGAGUCGCUGCUCGCCCUCCCCGCUCACAUCCAGGCGUGUCGCGCUCUGAUGAUCAUCUCUCUGAUGCUCGGACUCGGAGGGAUGGUCGUCGCUCUGCUCGGACUCAAGUGCAUCAAGAUCGGAUCGGCCACCGAACAAACCAAGUCCAGGAUGGCCGUCAUCGGGGGAAUCCUGAGUAUCCUCGGUGGUCUGUGCUGCAUGAUCGCAGCUUCGUGGUACGCCUCCAGAGUCGUGGACGACUUCCAUGAUCCGUUCACCGGGGGCGUGAAGUUUGAGCUGAGCACCGGUCUCUACAUGGGGUGGGGGGGGUCGAGUCUCUCCAUCUUGGGCGGAGCUUUGCUCUGCGCGGCCUGUAAGAGAGCCUCACCUGCAGGAAAGAAAGGCUAUUACGGAACCAAGCCUCAGAAAGUCUACACGGCAACAGCCAAAUCUGAGCCCGAUUCUUCAGCCAGAGCAUACGUCUAAACACACACACACACACACACACACACACACACACACACACACACACACACACACACACACACACACACACACACACACACACACACACACACACACACACACGACAUAUGGACAUGUCGUGUGUUUUCCGUCCUUUGUAGUGUUUGCUUAUUUUUCUAAAGAGUUUUUGAUGUGAAAUCUGAAAUGGUAAAUGUUGGGGAAGACUCGUGGAUGAUUGUUAAUGAUUGUGUAAUCCUGUUUGACUGUAUCUAAUCUGAAUAAAGUCUGUGUGACAUAAUACACGAGGGUUUUAAAGGUAAAGUCUUCUUUCCUGUUGAUGAAACACAUCAGACUCAAUUUGAAAUGUAAUUUAAGAUUAUUAAAAAUAUAAAAGAAGA